UUUUACUCUAUUUAUUCAGCUUGAUUUAGCUAUGCGCCAUUCGUAUUGUAAUAAAACGGCCGAUGCACGUAGAUAGCAGAGCACUUUUAAAUAAAUCAUUAAGAUACCCGAGUGGAAUGGAAAUGAAUUUAUCUUCGAAAACACUGAGAUUGUGAUGAAUUUGGUGAUUAUUUAUUUAUUCAAUUAUUUUAUCGUACGUUAGUUGUUAAUUAAUGAGAUUAAAGUAAUCACAAUGAAUAGAGAGUGUGUUUUUUGAUAUUUUGUCUUGAUGGAGCAAUAUGGACAAUAUGGCGUCCAACGUGUCUUUACGCAGCAACAAACAAAGAAAAGACAACCUUAUUACCAGAAAGCAGGACAAAAGUCCCGAGAAAACCAUCAGAGGCACGAGGGGUGCUUACCGAGGUAUACCAUCGACGUCGAAGCGUGAUGAAGAAACAGAGACGGGCUCCACGGAGCGGCUGGAUAGGCCAAAAAAGUUUAUGUCACAGAAUAAGAGCAACUAUGGCCUGGGGAAGAGGUCUGAUUUCUCCUUGAAGAACAGGAAUGUGCAUUUGGCAUCCUCACGAUAUGGACAGAUGACGUCUGGCCUUCACCAUCAAAUACCGCAGCAGACGCACCACCUAGACUCCACCGUCUUACCAGCGAAAGAAAAAACUGUCCAUGGCAAGGAGAAAACCUUUAAGGUGGUGGUGGGGAGCGAGGUGAGCGUGAUGAAGACCCCGGUGCUGGGCCCGCGGCCCUACAACGCGCUGGCCAUCAUCCACACGCAGCAGAGCAACACCUUCGACAUGCUCAACUCGCUCACCACGAGUGUGGCCAGCCAGCCGGUAGUGGGCGUGGGUGUGGGCGUGGGCGUGGGUGUCGGUGGCUACCGGCGUCGUAGCUCAGGGCAGGGACCACUGUGCGACCCCGAGCUCGAUGACAGCGGCAACAAACUGGUGGCAAGGCUCGAAGAUGACGCCUUUAUCUCCGAACAAGAUCUGGAGGAGAACAUCGAGAUCGCCGCGGCCACGGAGAAGGGCGCGCCCAUCAUCCCGCCGCCGGCGGACGUCGGCGGCCAGCAGCAGCCGCAGGAGCCGCAGAACGGGUUGGUAUAUGAUCCUAUAUACGAAAAGGAGAAGGACAAGGAGAAGGCCGAUAAUGAGGAUGAGGAAGAGCCCAUCGGAGUGUCUCCUUGUGGCAGGUUCUUCAAGUACGACAAGGAGGUGGGUCGCGGCUCGUUCAAGACGGUGUACCAGGGGCUCGACACGCAGACCGGGGUCGCUGUGGCCUGGUGCGAGCUACUGGAGAAAAAGUUAAACAAGACGGAGCGUCUCCGGUUCCGCGAGGAGGCAGAUAUGCUCAAGAAGCUACAGCACCCCAACAUCGUACGCUUCUACAACUACUGGGAAGGGACUGUCGCUAAGAAAAAGAAUAUCGUUCUGAUCACCGAGCUCAUGGUCUCUGGGACACUAAAGACAUAUCUUCGACAUUUCAAACGGAUCAAUCCAAAGGUUCUCAAGUCUUGGUGCAGGCAGAUCUUGAAAGGACUGAACUUUUUGCACUCCCGAACACCACCCAUUAUACAUAGAGAUCUGAAAUGCGACAACAUUUUCAUAACGGGUACAACAGGCAGUGUAAAGAUCGGUGACCUGGGACUCGCUACUCUUAAGAAUAGGAGUUUUGCCAAGUCCGUUAUUGGAACGCCCGAGUUCAUGGCGCCGGAGAUGUACGAGGAGCACUACGACGAGUCCGUCGACGUGUACGCGUUCGGGAUGUGCAUGCUCGAGAUGGCGACCGGCGAGUACCCCUACAGCGAGUGCAGCGGGCCCGCGCAGAUCUACAAGAAGGUGGUCUCGGGAGUAAAACCGCAGAGCUUAGAGAAGGUCACAAUACCUGAAGUGAAAGACAUCAUCGAGUCGUGUAUAAGGCUUAACAAAGCAGACAGGCCCAAGGUGAAAGAUCUGCUGAACCACGAGUUCUUCGGUGAAGACAUCGGCCUGCGGCUAGAGAUCGUGGGCCGCGACCUCGUCACCUCGUCCGACAUCACCACGAUACAGUUCCGGUUGAAGAUCAUAGACCCGAAGAAGCGGUCGUACACGCACAAGGAAAACGAGGCGAUCCAGUUCGAGUUCGACAUGCAGCGCGACGACUGCGAGGAGGUGGCCAAGGACAUGGCGAAGGCCGGCCUCAUCAUGGAGGAGGACGCGCGCAUCGUCUUCAAGCUGCUCAAGUCGCAGCUCAUCAGCCUCAACCGGGAGAGGAGUGAGAAGAAAGCUCAGAUGCUGUUCAAUCAAGAGUUGAUUAACGAGCAGAACAUGCAGCAACAGUUGCUUCUGGAGCAGCAAUUGAGACAGGUUAAAAUGAUCCAGAGCCAACAGCAAGCAGGUCCAGUGGAUCAGGUGAAGGCUGGGUUGUUGAAUGGAGUCGGUACUCAGCCCACCUUGGCAUCUGUACAGCUAGAUCAGCAGUCUCAAUUGUUGCAAGCCCAACAACAGCUACUUCAACAUCAGUUUCAGCAACAUCUCAAUAAUGAAGAGAAAGCAAUGAAGUUGUUUCAACAGAACCUGAUGCAGGCCCGUAUGUCGCCUUCCCUCAACGCCGACCAUCAACUCUUGCAGUCGCAACAACUACUGCAGCAACAGCAGUUUUUAGAACAGAACCUCAAACAGCAGGUGAUGAUGGAACAGAAUCUCCUUAACCAGCAGAUGUUGGAGCAAACGGUGACCAAUCAGGCUCUGAUAGAACAGCAAGCUCAGCAAGGACUACUCGAAUCGCAGCAAACUCCACUACAACCUAAUUUAAUAAAUCAACAACUGGUAGCAAACGAAAUUAAUAAUCAAAAUCAGGCAUUACAGCAGCAGAUAAUUCAGCAACAGCAAAACAUUAUCGCCCAUCAGGCAGCAGCGAUUCAGCAGAAACAGUUGGAGGAGCAAUUGACGGCCCAGGAGAGUAUAAUCACUGGUCCUCAACCGAAUCUCAUUACAAAUCAAGUCUUGGAUCCAUCUUUACAGAACUUACAAAAUAUUUUAGCUCAGAUAAUACACAGGCCCGACACAUUGCAGUCGAGAAAAGAUUCCGAAUCCGAACAACAACAGCAAACUCAAAUGCAACAAGUCGUAAGCCAGCAAACUGAAAGCGUUGAUUUGCAACAAUCUGUUCAACAGGAGCAAGAGUCUAUGCAACAAAAGCAAAAUAUAAUGAAUAUGCAAAUUCAACAACCUACUAGUCAGAAUAUAAACUUUCAACAAAACCAACAGUUUAUUCAUUCUAAUUUGUUGGCGGCAGCUGUAGAUCCUACAAUUCUUGCGCAACAGCAACAAGUAGCACAAGCUCAGCAUCAGGUGGCUCAAGCCCAGCAACAGCUAAAUAUGCAAAAGCAAAUGUUGGCGCAACAGCAACUUGUACUUCAGCAACAGUUACUGACCCAGCAACAGAUACAGUUGCCGGGGCAGACGCUCUCCCCACAGCAUAUACGAAAUUUACAACAACAACAAUUUUUAGCGCAGCAAGAGCUACAAUUACAAACCCAGCAAAAUAUAAUCGAUCAGCAAAAUCUAGCAUUAUUGGCACAAAAGCAACAACUAAUGGGUCAGCAGCAGCAGAAAGUAGAAGAAAUAUUGCGAGCUCAACGGCCGAUGUAUACGCGACAAGGAUCUGAGCAAAGCCAAAUGAGCAGUGCUGAUGUUCAUGAUCCACAACAAACUGUAGUUCCCGAUUCGUAUCAACAAAAACCUCACACACAGCCACAAAUGUCGAUGGAUCAAAUUCAGUUUCAAAACCAGCAAUAUAUCGAAAAACAAUUACAAAAGCAACCUUCAGAAGAGCACCCAUACCAUCCCCCAGUGCAAACGAUGCAAGGGCAAUCGCUGCCACAUAACAUGAUGGUGCAAAACUUUAGCUCGAUACAGCAGAAUGAAAGGCAGAUAUCUAGUCAUGAAGGCACUCCAGUGCAAAAUUAUACUGCUAAUCCUCUGCAGAUGUAUCAACAGAGUCAUCCAGGGCAGUCGAUGCAGAAUGUUGCAUAUAAACCGGUCGAAACGUCCGCACCUUCUACAGUUCCUAAAACUUUACCUCAGAAUCCUCCUGUGACGCAGUACCAGCAGGUGGAAAACGUACCUACGACGAUUCCUACUUCGGUACCGGCAUCGAUACCAACGUCCAUUCCACCAGCCACUUCGAUACCCACGUCGGCUCCGACUUCGAUACCUGCGCAGCUGCCGGUCGACGUCAAACCUCCGAGUCAAGUUCAAGACACCGUGCCAAAGCAACUUAGCAUACAAACAGAAGAAGGUUUCGUGCCAAACGGUCAUAAAGAACAAUUUCACACUCCGAUGACAGAGUUUCCAUCGGGUGCGACACAUAUCGAGGCGAUACGGCAACCGGAGCUGAGUUCAGUGGAAGAGAAACAAGCGGAAAAUCAACAGCAAGACGUCGGAACUGCGGCACCGUCGCCUAUCACGAGUGAAAAGAAAAGCCGGGGCUCCAAGAAGCGGGCUCGCGAGAAAGAGAAGUUCCCUCGGCUCUCGGUGCUGACCGUGAGCGAAGACAACACGGUGGUCGAGUGCCAGCUGGAGUCCAAGUCCAAGACUGUUACCUUUAAGUUCCACGUGCCCGAUGUUAAUCCUGAAGAAUUAGCCAAUAAUUUUGUGGCAAAUAACCUCCUUCCGGAGUCCCAGAGCGACGCCUUCAUGGAGCUCAUCGGACACAUCGUACGCGAAGUGCGAGAUCCCGCAGUACCAAACGCGCCCGGCCGGCUGCGACUCAACAUCGACAAGACGGACUAUGACUCGGAAACUACAGAGCGCGACGAGAACCUGACGGACUCGAACCAGGACAACUCGGAGUGCACGACACCCACCGCGUCGCAGGACAGCAUUGCGCUGGCCGAGUUGGCGGACGACGAGCCGCCCACGCCCACACCGACCGCCGCCCAGCCGGCCCAGCCGCUCGCCCAACCGCCCGCCCUGCACGACACGCUGGCGCGGAAGAUCAGCACCGCCUCUUCCACUGGCUCCAACCAAUCAGAUGGAGGAUCGCUGGCGGAUCGAUCUGGUAGCACCGAAUCGAACGGCGAGAAAAAAUCCCAAAAACCCACUCGAAAGAUUUCGAGAUUUCUAGUCAGCCCCGUCGUGGAUCGCGGCGAGGCCGUUUCCGAGGAGAAAGCCGACCGAACCUCUGCCGAAUCGGACAAACCGGUCGAAGUGUCCAGAGUGAACGAAGUCACCAAAGAACCUAUCUGGGAGGCUCAAGUAAACGGUCUUCCGGAACCGGAGUCGGCGCCGGCGUCGGCCCCGGCCCCUGCUCCGGCCCCGGCCCCGGCCCCGACAACGGCACUGGCACCGGCAUCAGCUCCGGCGCCCGUCCAGCCAGAAGCUGUGCCCGCUACCCAACCGGAACCGGCCAUACCGGCGCCGAAGAUGACUCAAACCAUUCCUUCAGAAAAGUUCGUUUCCACACACCAGUACCUAUCGACUCAAAUGUUGCACACGCCGCAGGCCGUCACCGAUGUACGACCCCCAGACUUGAAGCAAAUGCAGAGCGAACCGACUAGUAUGCCACUACCGCAGGCCCCCGUGCAACCCAUCACGUCCAUUCCGCCAAACCUUCAAUCGACGAUUCCGCAGAGUUACGCCUUUCCGAGUACGAUUAAUUCGACGCUGUUCAACGGCACGCUCCAGCCGAAUCUGACGAACUUGACGACGCCUUUGCGAAUAGCAACCGACACUCCGCUUCUAGGGUUGAGCCAGGUCGGGACGCCGAUGGGGGUCGGUGCGGAUUUGGGGCUGAACAUGGGUCUUGGGCAAGUCGCCUCGGGCCUCGGUGAUCCCAUGGGUCUCGGCAGGCUUCAGUUGACUCAGCCUACAUUGACCCCCACCCCGGGGAUCGCGGACUCGCUGGCGACAAACGCCGAGAAUAUCCAGAGGAUAUUACUCAAGCAGAAUAUUAUCAACCAGCAGCAGAGCCUGCCGGGCGGCCACCUGCUGGGCCUGCUCAACGCGCCCGACCUGCCGCGGCACCCGCACCUGCUGCACUCCGGCCAGCAGCAGACUCUGCAGGGCUCCCAGCUAGGAGGACAGCUGGGUGGUCAGUUGGGCGCGCCGCUAGGCUUGGGCUUAGGCCUAUCACCACUACCGCCUCUGCAACCGCAUCUAGCACACAACCUCACGCUCAACCAGAACCUCAUGGGGCAAAACCUCGGCCAAAACUUAGGUCUAGCCAGUCAGAAUCUAGGUUUAAGCGGUCAAAAUCUCAUGGGCGGGCAGAACCUCGGUUUAGGCGGACAGGCGCUGGGGCUGGGCGGGCAGAACUUGUCGCUGAUGGGGCAGAACCUCGGACACCUCGUGGCGCAGCGCGCCGUGCACUGUGCCUUACAGCGCCGCGCUGAUAUGGAGCUCGGCAAUGUGAUCUCGACUGGGUCAUCGCAGCCAGGCACACCUAAUAAGAGCCAGUCAUACAGCGACUACGUGCUCAAUCUGCAGAACAAACUGGUCUCCAACUUUCAUAGCGGCCCAACGUCUCCACAAUCUCCUCUAGAAUACAGUCCUGCGUUAUCUCCGACGCAGAGACUUGCCGGACACAAGCGCGCGACAGAGGCGGGCGGCGAGGGCACGGAGGGCGGCGAGGGCGGCGAGGGCGGGGAGGGCGCGGACGCGUCGCACGCGCAGCGCCUCGCGCACCUCGACCAGCAGCUCAGCAAGAUCAGCAUGCACCACAAGAACACGCAGGCCAAGGAUGCGUUCAGUGAACACGGGACAGAUAUUAGCGAAACUGCUGUCAAUAAUUAUGAAGAGCGCGCGGGCGGGCGCUUCCAGCUGGCGCGCGCGGCGGCGCUGCGGGGCUACGCGCUGUGCCGCUUGCUGCCCGCGCCGCUCGAAAAAGACAAGCUCGAGCUGUCACAGAGUCAGUUCGUGGGCGAAGGCGGCUUGGACGAGCUGUCGUGCGACAACACGUCGCUGUGCGAGGAGGGAGGCGAGGCGGGGGGCGCGGAGCCCGGCGCCGAUACCGACGCUGACGCUGAUGCUGACGCGGACGCUGACGCUGACACCGACACCUACGUGCUCACCGACCGCAGUCGCGCGCGCUGCUACGUGCUGGAGGACGCGCUUGCGGAGCGGCGACACGUUAUUCUCGACCCCGCGCCCGCACUCUACGACACGCGGCCCAGCCCGGCGGGCGAGGCGGAGGGCCGGAGCUACCUCGUGCUGGACCCGCUGCGCGACAUGACCUGCACCGUUCUGGACAGAGCGUUGCCACUCGAAGACGAUCCCGCCUUUGCGAACUUUGCGGAAAGGCGACAUAGGGCGGGGGCGGACGGGGCGGUGGUGGGCGGCGUGUCGGUGAGCGAAGAGUUCGCGCGUUGGGCGGGAGCCGCCGCGCCCGCCCCGUCCCGAUCGGUGCUACGCGCCCUGCCCUCCGCAGAUCUGCUGGCCGAUAUCUACGUCGAUGACGCGGUCACCGAUAGAGCGCAAUGCCGGCAGUUGGUACUGAUGGCGGUGCGGCCGCGCUCAUGACGUGUGUAGCGAAUCACCUUGUACCUUAUAUUUAUUGUUAUUGUACUUGUAACAUACUAUAUCUAUUAAAUAUUCAUAUGUGAUAUCUA